AUGGGGGACCCAACCAAGGGAAGGGUUGAGCAAUUCACAUCUGAUAUUAUCCCGCUCUUUCACGGCCCUUUCAUCAAAAUACGACUUCUACCAAGCGAAAAAGAAUACACAGUUUCAAAGCCCCUUCUGUGCGCAGAAUCUCCGGUCUUUUCGGCGAUGUUCCAGCCCGGAUUUCGAGAAGAACAAGAGCAAACAGCAACCUUGCAAGAGGAAAGAGGCAUUGUCUCCACACAGAGUACCCAAGCACUCAUUCACUGGCUAUACCUUCGGACUGUCAAGUUUGAUAUCCAGGACAAGACAGAUCGAAUCUCGGCUGCCAUAGAGCUCGCAAGGCUCGCCGACAAGUAUGGUAUUACCGGGAUCGAAUCCGAUGUGAGUGAUUAUAUCCAAUAUAUCAUCGACUACCAAGAUCCCGAAUUCUCGGUAUGCAAUGAUAACAACACCUGGCUCAUAUCUGACCACAUCAUCUGGGGGAGCUUCUUACCUCGUGAGCAUCCUGUGCGCCGUACCUUGGCCGUAGCAUGCGUCGCAGGGUAUCUCGGAGGCAAGAACCACAAAUUCGCCCAGGAGGCCGAGGAUUACCCUAACUUUGGAGCUGAUCUUCUGCGAGAAGUGCGACUAGCCUUGAACACCUCACACUGCUCUGGCGGCAAUGUCUCCUUCACGGAUCCUUUUACUGAAGGAGAAAUAUUCUUGGGUAGGAGUUAA